AUGCUUCGGUUGUGUGUGCUUGGGGUGGUCUUCGCUCUCCUGUCAGGCAUUUUACCAAGAGGCGAUAGCUUAAGAACAACAACAGUAUUCACAGGACAAGAAUUCACUGUCGGAGUGUCAGCAGUAGCCGAGCUAUCAGAAGUUAUAGUCGAAUGUAUUCUUUUAGCAGACCAUCGUGACCUUAUUAUCGCUUUCAUCCCUGGUGAUGAAAUUGAUAACGAGAAAAGGUUCCAAGUAUUGGACGACAAAGACUGUUCAGUCAAGGUUACUGAUGUAGAAAGAGCAGAUAUGGGAAUCUGGGAAAUGAGAUACGAAACAGAAACUGGUCCUGGAAACAAUUCAGAUUCAAUCUAUGUUAUAGUCAAUGAAGCCAAUACUGCACCAGGCGAUGAUAAUGAUAAUGACAAAGAAGAGGACUUAGGAACUAUGCUGGAUACGAUCCAACAUUUCGUGAGGGAGGAAGAUGUAAUCGAUGUUUCAUUGGACACAUCAGCUGGAGAGGAGGAUUGUUACGUGAGGGCCCCGGGUGGGGAAUUAACCAAGGUGGCACCGGACUUUGAGAUGGAUAGCGUUGUGGUACAAGCUAGCAGUCUUCUUGUCUCCUGCAGGAUCUCUAUAGGACCAAUAAACGAGAACGCACUUGGAGGCUGGUUAUUGUGUGGCGAAUCCAACAAUGAUAUGAGAUGCCAACCUGUUACUAUUGCUUGGAAUGACCCUAACAAUCCGAGUGCACGACCAGGUUCAAGCAUACAGCCGAGGUUUGAGCACUCGGUAAACUAUGGCUUGACCGUCAACCCGGGUGUGUCAUCACCGUCCGGUUUCGGGGCAGUCUCUUGCCACGUCGUCACACCCAAUGGUGAAGACCUGGUUAUAACCAAAGACACCAAGUAUCGCAACCUUGCAAGGGUCGGAUUUAACCAUCUAAACCUCUGCAGCAUUAUAUUCUCCAUCACCGACGCUGAUUCACUGGGUGACUGGACCAUUUAUGGCAGAUUCCGCUCCUCGCGUAAUCUACAAGAAAUUCAUCAGCCUUUGAGGUUUACCAUUUACAAUGAAGACAACCCGUAUGAACAAGCGUAUAAUGUGACAGAUUUACCAGAUUUCAAACAAGUGGUUAUUUUAAAAACUGCUUUAACUGUUACUCUUAGUGACAUCAGCGAGGUUGACAAUUGCGUGUGCGAAACACCUUCACGCAAAAUAUACAACUUGGAUAACGCGUAUGAGUUGAAAAGACUUAAAGGUGUGGAAUUAAGAGUUCCGACGGGAGAAUCUUCUUGUCAAUUAGUAUUCCACUCGAUAACCACAGAUGUGUUGGGAAAGUGGCGGUUUGUUGGGAAGUUCAGUCACGGGCACAUACAUACCGAGAAGCGGCAGAAGGUAUACCUCAUACAAGAAGAUCCCCGAAACCCAAUUGUUGAUGACUUUCGAACGGUUGAAAUAUUGAGUCCACAAAUCAUCGACACGAAGCUGGAAACUACACAUAGAGUGACGAUAGCUUCUACAGGUUCUGUUGAGAAUGAGAGCUGUCACAUAUUGACUCCUACUGGUUUACAAUACGCGUUUAUAACUGGCUUUAAUGUCAGCAACGUAGAAAUUGUAACUGGAAGCGGAAUAGAUUGUGGUGUAGAAGUUCAUGUAUAUAAUACUGAGAUGAUCGGAGAUUGGACUCUUAUUUCGAGGGCUGUGAGAAGAUCAGGCACAACUGCAAUACAUAUUGAAAGAAGGCGAACGUUUUCCAUCCACGUAGAAGAGGUCUUAGCUGCAGGCAAUCCAAUUACCAUAACCGAAGGUAGCGACCUCUACCUAAGACUACCAGUAACAACGGAAAUGUUUAAAACUUGCAAACUGUUUGGGCCCACCGGCGAAGAUUUAAAUGAAAAGCAAUAUUUAAUUGAUGACAUUCACCGUGAAUCAUGUGGUUAUAUAAUUGAGAAGGUUAACUUGACACAGAGUGGUACAUGGAGUAUUAUUUUUGGAAAGAGCAUUAUUUAUAGAGCUAAUAUUCAAGUCAACGUCUUAGAACCAGUACAAAUAGCAGUGCAAGAUCAGCAGUGGACCGUUGGUCAGGCAGUGAAUAUGACCAUGGGUCCUGCUGAUGCUGUCUACUGCAAUCUCUACAACAGUAGACGUGACACAGUCUUUGAUGACUUCGGUCCGUGCCGGGUUGAGAUUGACAAGGUGACCUCUGACCUUCGUGGACAGUGGCUCAUCUACGUUGGUGUCCCUGGGUCCAUUGGCGUCCGAUACCAGAAAUUCAAUGUCGACGUGCUCUCAUCUGAUUGGAGGCCAUUUGUUACCACUGAAGUGGUGGAAGCUGAAAACAUGGUAACGUUGUCAUGUUCCGUGUCCAGUAACUAUGUGGUUCAAGCUUGUAAAUUUGCUACUCCUGAAGGUCACAUACUCCUCGCCAACCAUGGCGUUGGACAAGGAGUAUACGCUGGGGCUUCAAGGUACGAGACGGAUACAAAUAGUCUAAGGUGUAAAAUUACCCUCACAAAUCCUGAGUUGAGGACGAGAGGAAUCUGGCGUUGUGCCGUCCAUACCAAGGACAAUACUGGCUAUGGGUUCCUAACUUACUUCCGUGGAUACAAACCUGAACAUACCAGCAGUUCCGACAGAAAUGACGUUACUGUUCCCUUCCUACAAAGCCAGUUCCCGUUCUACUCGGUGACUGAGGGUGAGAGCACUAUCCUCUCCUGCAGCAUCAGUGCUCCAAUACGGUACUGCUACUUCAGAUCACCAAAUGGAACAGUCUUCAACGUCGGUCCUUCUUUGGCGUCAGAAUCGUACGAGUAUGUGGGCAAUGGUUUCGACUCAGGAGAAUGUGGAGUUAAAUUCAAUGAGCUUGGAACGGACCACACAGGCACAUGGUCCUGCAGUGUAGGCCUGACCAACUUCGAAGAGAGGAGUGACGCGUUCGAGGUCGGCGUUAGCGAGCCAAUAAGAGUAUUCCACACAUGGCGGAGCGGGGUUCUGGAAAUAGGUGCUAUAGCCGGUGACUGGAAGCCUCUGGAUUACUGUAGAUUUGUUCGCAACGACGGAUUAGGUUUUAAUUCUAUUAAUCCACCCCCUGACUUCUACAUGUACCAAUGGUCAAUUUAUGAAGGAAGAUGCAUACUCACUAUCACUGAUCCGACCGGAUGGGACUUGCAGCCCUGGACGGUGUUCGUUAAGGUCACUGGAGAAACCAACGAGAGGUCAGAUAACACGGGUAUGCUGCAGCGGCCAGCUGAAGCGAAUUCCAAAGCGUCAAAGAUCCUAUUUUGGAUGCUAGGCGCAACCAUGGGAUUCCUGUUUAUAGUUGCUGCAGUGUCGUUAAUUCCUCCGAAGAAUCGUAAGUGGACUUACGAGAGAGCAGCCUCGAUCAGAAACAGCUUCCGAAGACACCCCACGCCGACGCAAGAAGCUGUGCAAAACGACCUACCACCAAAAGUUUAA